AUGUGGAGAACCGAAAAGCGGGCCCUUUCUCAAUUCUACCCCGGUUCAUCCGGAGGAAUUUCUGGGGGAUCUAGUAGACCAAACCCUGGCCCGUCUGACAAUUGGGGACUCUUUUCUUCACCCCACCUCAACGAACCCUUAAUGGAUGACAGGACGCGUCUCAGGGAACUGCAGGCGCGCUUGGCCUCUUCCAUCGGGGGCGGGGAUAACCUCCCCGUUUUCCUCAAUAUCCUCUUCAAACAAGUGACGCUGGAAAAAAAGAUCGAGGCAGCACUUGUUGACGACGGGUAUCCGCGGGAAAGGGUCCUUGAGAAAAGGCAUGCCAUCCGCGGCUUCCUUUUCUAUCCGAGAGGAACUGCUCUUACGGAGCGGACGUUAACCCAACAUCUCGAACAGAUUGAGAGAAAUGGGACACGUGCCAGCGUUCCGUAUCGGAGAAUAGGCAGGGCCGUUGAAAACCAUGAUCUCCUUUUAUUUUAUAGGAGAGUUUCCAUAUUCCUUUUGUUUUGGGCAGUACCUCUAUUGAUCAAAGUUCCUUGGCGACAUUAG